AUGAAGGCCGCUACUAUCACCUCGCUGCUUCUUGCCGCUAGCUCUGUCCUAGCCGCCCCCGCCAAGAGAGAUGGAGAAACCAUCACGAUCACCAACCUCAGGGCCCACCAAACUGAGACAUUUGGUCUUGUUACCUUUGAUAUACACGACCCAGCCUACACCCCGAAUGACAGUGCUACUGUCGCUUGGGCUAUCCCCGGACAACCCCCUGCGGACACUUGGAGCGCCAGCCAUAACUACACUGUCCAAUUCCCCGAUGGCGUGCACAGUAUUGAGUUCUUGAUAUUUGACCUCGAUCGUGCCGACAACUCUGGAUCCGUCCAGGUCGCUCUCAACUCCAAUGCAGCGGAUUCCACCUACAGCUGUGGAUCCGAUGGCAACGGUGGAACUGCCUGUGCCUUCCCUUCCCCUAUUGUCUUGCCUGUUAACUCCUCUUGA